UGAUGAGGUAUUCCAAGAAUAUCUUUCCGCAAUCCACACAACAAGGAAAAAUGAAACUCGUCAUGUGCGAAUAAUGUAUAGAAAAGAAAAGUCUUUUGUACUCUGAAAUCAGGCUGUAGGCUUAAACGGCAGUUGCGAAAGUUCGUUCAACCCAUCUAGCUUUGAAAAUAAUGGGAAUUUGUGGACGAAUUAUGUCAUUUUACAGACGAGAAGAAGGACCGGUUGAUAGACGGGGAAAAGUUUGCUUAGCAAAUGGUGAACUCUUUACUAUAGAAGUGAAAGAACCAACUGAAAGCGUGCGUGUUAGAGAUGUAUGUAUCCAAAUUUUCAAGAAGUUGGGAAUUGCCCCAGUGGCUUUAGAUUUCUUCACAUUAAUGACAACAGACUGUGAACAUUGCCUCAGUGUCAACAAUCAAACAAAAGAGCAAUGUGACAGACAAAAGGAUCAUUAUUAUAAUCCUAAGCGAAAUUUAUAUCCUGAAGAAAUUUCCAAGCAAAUCUUUUUCUUGCGUCUUGCAUUUAAAGCCGUUGCCGGUCCUGAUUUGAAAGCUGUCAACGUUGCCACAUUUGAUUACUUUGUCAAGCAGUGUCGUUGGGAUUACAUCAAAGGAAGAGUAAACAACUUAUGCAGAAAAGAUCAUCUCACUUUGUUAGUUCUUGAGUCAAUUAUCCAAGCUCAUGAAGAAAACAUAAAUGCCAAAGAGAUUCUUGAGAAUCCAAAACGUUAUGGUCUUUCUCAUCUGUUUGUGGACAAAGACUACAGCCCAAGAGAAAUAAAAUCUCAUCUGAAGAAACAGCUUCCACAGUUCAGGACUGCACAAGCAAAUGCAGAGAAAGCAAAAAACUCAUUUUUGUAUGUCCUUGAAGGUGAACCUGAUUUUGGUGUUAUGAAAAUUCUUGUGAAAAAGUUUUAUUAUCAAACUGCAUCAGAAGAUAAAGUCUUUCCUGUAGAAUGGGAGAUUCUAAUAUCACCAAAUGGUUUGAAAAAAAGACGUACUUACCAAGAAGAUAGGGAUGGCAGUAACGAUGAAUCGAGUAGAGUUGAAGAGAUGAUCAGUGAUUAUAAAGAUAUUGAAUAUAUUGAAAUCAAACCUUCUCAGUCUGAAGAAAUAAUCCACAUAUCUAGAAAGAAUGCAUCUCUUGAGGUGAUUUCUGUUGGGAAUUCAUUGAUGAAAAAGGAAAGCCUUAUAACAUUGAUUGAAGGCUUUUAUCAUCUGCUUGUGAACCAGUAUAAAACACUAACAAAAUAUGAGUCUGGUCAUAAACCACGGUUGUUGAAUUCAGAACAAGGUCAAAGAUUUCGGAUUCAUGGACCAAUUGAGCGAAAGAAGGUUGAUCUUCUGUUAAAAGCGGUAAAAACAGAAAACGGCAAUCUUUCUGGCGUUCACAUGAUACGGCGAAGUCGUAAAGAUUUUGACAGUUACAUCCUGUCACUUAUUCACGGCAAUGAAAUAAAGCAUUACGAAAUAAUAGUCGACAACGGCAAGUAUUGUCUAAAGAAUGGGCCCAUCUUUCACAGUAUGGAAAAUCUUCUGGAGUUUUAUAAAACUGAAAAGACGUCUUUUCCCACCGUACUUACGAAAUAUUGUCCAAUUCCAAAAGAAGGUUUGUGUGCACUUUAUGAUGAUCAAAUCUUGGUUGAAGCUCCGUGUGUUCCUUCAUCUUCUCGUCCAUUAAACCCUGACUAUGUGUUUGAACAUAUUGGCAAUCUUUGCUUGCAGAAACUUUCUCACUCUUUUACGUGUGGCGACAUUGGAGAUCGUGUUUUUAAAGCUCGCUGGUUAAAAGCCGACAAAAAUGGCGGUUGUACAGAAGUGUUCUGUCGUCGUCUGGAAACUUCUCGUUCAGCGGACUUCAGACAGAAAGUUGAAAAGACAGGCGAAAAAAUGGCUCAAAUGGCUCAUCGUAAUCUUGUUCAAUUUCAUGGCAUCCAGUUCUACGACGAUCAAAACAUAUACCUUGUUUUUGAAUGGUUGGAUUGUGGAACUUUAGAUGAGUAUCUCAAAAGAGAAACUGAAGUAACAGUUGAGACGGUUCUCAUGUUUGCAGCCCAAAUUGCUGAAGCUUGCAUGUAUUUACACGAUAAAGAUUGUGUACACGGAUGGUUGGCUGCUCAUAAUAUACUUAUUGUAAAUGAAGAACAUGUAAAACUUAGUGAUGUCUCUGUACCUUGUUUAAGACAAUACGAUUUGUUGGACGAAAGUGUUCCUAUUAACAGGAGUCCGUGGAAGGCACGCGAAUGCUUUCAAGGUAAUCCUUACAGCAAGGAAUCAGAUGUCUGGGCGUUUGGUGUCGUUCUUUGGGAGAUGUUCAUGAAGACAGUACCAUUCCUUAACAUGAAAGAUGAUUCGAUCCUUCAUAGAUUUCAACAAGGUCAUCAUCUAGCCUAUCCAAAAUGGUGUCCUGAUGAGGUCGGGAAAGUUAUGAAAUCAUGUUGGAUGAAUGAUCCAAAGGAACGACCAACGUUUGGACAAAUUGUCUUCAAAUUGCGCGAUAUUGUCAACUCGUUGUCCAAGAGUCAAAAGGAACGAAAAAUACCAGAGAAAAUUGACGAAAAAUUUACAAUGGAACCUCUUAGUUUUAUUGAGAAGAAGCGUUCUACAUUGUCAUUUAACGAAGAAUUGCCUCGAACAUCAUCUUGCAACAAUAGAGAUGAGAACGUAAAUGAUGUAUGGAACAGUAAUGAAUCGUCAAUGUUAGACGAUGCCGAUGUGGAUCUUCUUCCGGUGAAGGAUUUACCUGAAAUUUGGUCGAACGAAGAAAUUGAGUUAAAAAAACUGGAAAGAAAAUAUCCAAGAUCUGUUGUUACAUUAAAUGAAGUAACCGGGGAAGAAAGGACGUAUGAUAGAAUAAGGGAAAACGAUAUUUCUUACCAUGAUAGUGUCCAAAUGAAUGAUUUGCUCAAUGGAAAAGAUACUUUUACUAUGGAACUAAGACCGACGAACUUUAUUGAUAAAGAUGAAACGGAUGUACCUCUAAUGGACACAGAUUUUUUAGCCAGAAGUGAAGAAAAUAAUUCAGAAGUAAACCCAAUCGAAGAGAAGCCGUUAUUUAAUGAACAUAUAACAGAAUCGGAUCAGUCUGACUCGUUGUUUUCUUCAUUUGAAACCAUGGAUCAUAUGGAUUUUCUUGCAACACAAUUAGGAUCUGAAAACGCAAACAAUCCGCUCAUUGUUAAAAAUCACACAGAGACCUUGAAGGGGACCGUGAUGGAUAAUGCGGAUGUUGGGGAUCAGUUUAAUGUACCUGAGGAGCAACAUGAUCAUUGUGUUUUGCAAAAACCGGAUUGUACAAGUUUUUCCUUCGGAUGUCUCGAUCCGUUUGCUGCAAACACUGAAUUGAAAUCAGGAAGUUUUAAAAAUAUUCUUAGAAACGUAGAGAAUUGCUCAGAAAAACCAUCUCAAGUAAGCGAUGUCACAAAUGUGUUGACGGCAAAUUUAAAUAUUAGAGAUGAUAAAAAGUUGAAACCACAAAAUACGAUGUAUGGUUUUGAACAGUUCUCUAAUCUUGAUCCAUUCGCUGCAUCCUCAAAUGAUAAAAUGAAAGCGAAUAGAUUGCACAAUAAAUCGUCAUCUAUCAAGCAUUUAGACCCUGGUGUAGAGCGCAAUUUUGGGAAAACUGCUUCCUCUGUAAGCGAAAGUCUUUUAGCGUUUUCAGACAGAGAUCCAAUGUCCGAAUUUUUGUCCACUUCGUAUCGUGUUGAGACGUGUUGUACAAACCCGCAAAGACGAGAAAAUUCUUCAGGAAAUCAAAUGACACAAAAAAAUCCUUCAUGUUCCGUCUUGAUGCGCUCCCAAUACAGUAAAUCUGCUGAUUCUGGCAAGUUGAAAAGUACAUUUCCUUCAAAAAGUUUUAGCGGUUAUACACCAAUGCGUACUAACAUACCUCGACCUAUCUUAAGUGCAGCUGAAAGGGAUUCAACCCGUGGAAAUUGUGCUUCAAAAUCACUUGAUCCUAACAUGCUUAACGUUAUAGAGUUUUCUAAAUUAGAUCCGUUCUCGGAAGCUUUGAAACCUCGUGAUGAUAAAACUAAGGAUAAAAAUCACCCAAGUUUGAAAUCUUUAUCAGUUGGUGACGAGCGUUCGUUGUUAUCACGUGACAGGCAGACAUCAACAUUGGGUAAGCUUUCUUUAGGCAGUCUUGCUUUGAAACUUUCAGAAUCAAAUCCAGCUAACGCAAGUAGAAGUUACCAAGUUAAGAAUCGAAAUUCUUAUUCUACUUUAAAUAAAACUGAAUCUUUAACGACGUCUGUUUCCAAAAUGCCUGAAAGCACAAACUUUCGUCUAACUACUAAGGGUUCGGCUUACGUUGCCGUGUCAGGAAGAUCUGACAUAAACACUUUGAAUCAUAAUGGUUGUACAAAGAAUAGGCUGCCCGAAAGAUUGCCAAAUAAUGAUCAUUUUAAUGGAAAAUCUACGCUGGAUUCAAUGUCUUCUCUGCCUUCAUUUGCUAAUUAUGAUCCUUUUGCCCAAAAACCGAUGAAACAUACAGGUGUAACAUUGUUCACUGAAGCCGAAUUGGAUAAUACAAGCAAGUCAAAGGAUCUUAAAACUAAAGAACCCCCCGGAUUGAAUCCUUCGACAGUAUUACCUUCAACAAAAUGUUUUUCUACUACAUCGUCAUCAAGUUUAUUUGGCAAAACCACUUUCAACUCUGAAAUAAAGUCAAGGAAAAAAUCUUCGCUCGAAGUUGAUUUCGAAAACGGUAAACAGUACAGAACAAUAAACAAACCGACAGUAGAUACUAAAACUGAGUCAUAUAAGGAUACAGGUCUCAACUCGUUACAAUAUUCACAACACACGAGUCUCGAGGAUUUCUUUAGUAGUAUUACACCAAGUAAGAGGAAAGUCACAGGCUCAGAUAAACCCGUUGUAGAAAUGCCAGUUCCAGACAUCAGUAACUUCAAUGGUGAUUCAGAGAUAAAGUUAGGUAAUGUUGACAUGGAUAACCGCCAACGGAAUGUCAAUGAUACUUUAUUUGAAAAUAGAGAUCCUUUUGCCGAAAUUUUGCCACAGAAAGAUGAACCGUGUUCUGUUGCUAAUUUGGUAAAUAACCACGUACAUCUACAAACGAGUGAAUCCUCGGGAAAGACAGAAAAUGACGGAUCAAAGCACUACACCGAAAGCAAGUAUAAUACAGUAUUGAUCUCCGCAACUGAAAGACCACACAACUUUCCUGGAAUUGAACCAGAGAAUGAUAUUUGGAAUGGGUCGGAGCAAGUCAACUCUCACUUUCUGUCUAGACCGGAGAAACAGCCCGUAGAGGCUUGUCUACAUGAAAAACAACGUCAAGAUGCUUGUCUACCAGAGAGCCAACCUACUAGUUCUUUUCAGAUGCAGAGGCAGAGUGCUACUCAGUUGGCAGAGAAGUUUACCAAUGAUGACGGCUUUAACAACGCGGCUCAGGUAUCAAGCCCUCUUUUCUCUUCCCAGGAUGAUCGACAGGGCCAGUCUCCUCCAGAUAAGAAGCCUAACAGGCAACGUAAACAGUCAGACAUUAAUAGUAGUUACGCAAAGAUAUCCAUCCAGAGAGUUGUGAGCCCAGAUGAACGAGUUACUGACGGAGAGUCUGGGUCUAAUGAUGAACGUGAUCAACUUGUUUCUGAAAACAAAAAUGAACAAAUUGUUCUUGACCCAUUUAAUGAUGCAGAUGUUGAGGUGUCUUUUCUAAGAACAGAGACGCAUAAACCUCAACCUACUGACACAUUUGAAGACAAUAUGCGAUCUCAUCAAAUUCCAUUUGAGUAUUUGACCCUCGGAAGAAAGCUGGGACAGGGCGCAUUUGGAUAUGUGACACAAGCAAAGAUGACGAGACCAAGUCAUGGUCAUAAAUCAAGGACACCAUUGGAUGUUGCCGUGAAAUGCUGUUUGGAAGACGCAACUGAAAUUUACAAGAACAAUUUUAAACAAGAAGCGAUAAAUUUGAUGAAAUUGGAGAAUAAGUUUAUCGUGAGAUUUCUUGGAGUAUCUUAUAACGAGAAAAAGAAUUUACUUUUGAUUACAGAACUUAUGCCACAGGGAUCGUUGGACAAAUACUUGCAGAACUCAAAAAAUGCUGUAAUUCUUGGAAGUGAAGUGUUGUUGCAAUUUGCUAUUCAGAUUGGAAUGGGAAUGGAAUAUUUGGAAAGCAAGAAACUUGUUCAUCGUGAUCUCGCAGCUCGAAACAUUCUUGUUGCCGCGGAAAAUCAUGUAAAAAUCAGUGACUUUGGAUUGAGUCGAAUUUACGACGACGAGUACUACCGAAGCCAACGCGAUAAUCAAAAACUACCUUUAAGAUGGUUGGCACCUGAAUGCUUGGAACACAAGAAGUUCACUGUUAAUAGCGAUGUUUGGAGUUUGGGCGUCACUUUAUGGGAAAUGUUUUCUUACGGCCAAAGACCUUAUGAAGACUGGAACUAUUCCGGACCGACAGAGUUUUUAAAUCAUCUCAAAGAUGGGAAGCGUCUGGAGAGACCUCGUAGUUGUCUUGAAGAAGUUUAUAGAAUUAUGAAGGACUGUUGGCAGUUGAAACCAACGUCAAGAUGUUCUUUCUUUUUGUUGCGAACGAUGCUUGAAAAUGUUCUUACUGAUAAGUACACAAAACGACCAUAUUUUCAAUAACUUUAUUACCGUCUGUUUAUAAUGUUGUCAUGGUAAUCUUUACGGAAACUUUUGUUUGAGAGAAAAAGAUAAAAAUCAUAUGUUUGUGUUCAGAGUGAAUCCAUAGAAAUGACUGACACAUAAUGCUUACUGAUGAUAAAAUAUUUCUCCACCUUGUGAUUUUAUCUACUUCUUUAAAUGGUCACAUUUUAUGAAGAAAAAGGUUUGAUAACACCAGGAGAAAGCAUUUCAUGUCUGGUAAUUCUUCGUCGUAAUGUUUUCGUUUAUAGAAUUUGGAAAUAUUUUGUUUUUAUAUGAAGAGAAAGUUGAAAAAUAAAAGUUUCUCAGGAUUUUAUUAGUGAUUUUAUUGAGCUUUCGACUCGGUGCUUCAAGCCUUCUUCAGAUUGAGGAAGUUAUCUAUUUACAGUUGCUUUUAGCUUGUAGACGAAGAGAAAGUUAUACGUAUUUGAAUUUUAAAUCUUCAUUAAAAUUGAAUCUCUAAUAACGUUGGAGAAACGCUGUAGAUUUUCAAAUUCCAUCUAUUAAACGAACUUUUAAUACAACCUUAAAA